UUCUUCACGUACGUCUCCCUGCUAUACGUGCCAGGCUGCAUGGUAUGUGCAGAGUCUCCAGCGUUCUCCUGUGUUGUCGUUUAUUCUUGAGCUGCACGUGUGUGUUACCUGGUACACUCUGCUCGCGGGGACCUGAGGAAUGUCUAAGUUUAACGGCGGGAUGAAAUAAAGACGGAAUAUGUGACAGGACGAGGGUCAGCUCUCCUUUUGUUAGCAUACUGCUAGCUGCUUUUACUUUGAGGUCUAGCUCGCGAGGCUCGUUUAACCUCAGGAGUGACGUCAGAGAAAUUUAAAGGCAGGUGUGAGUUUCUGUCAGGAGCCUCUGUGCAGCAGGUGACCUUCCCUGACAGCUGUGAGAGAGUUUCAGUGCAUGGCCAUGAAGAGGACUGACAGGAGGAAGGCUCACCUGUGAUUCACCUGGACAUGUGAUUGAGUUAUCCCCAUGGUUGUAUGCUCACUUGUCAGAAUGAGUCGGCGCUCUGUGGUGAACUUUCUGUGCGUGGGGAAUCGAGCUGUCAGCCUGCUGUAUGCAAACCCUCACCGGCUCCUCCACACCUCCACCUGCAUCUCCUCAUCACAGCCCAAAGGGGGAUUCACACCUGAGAAAGUGGCUGUGGUCACAAAGACUACCAGAUAUGAGUUUGAGCAGCAGAGGUACAGAUAUGCAGGACUCUCUGAGGAGGACUUAAAGCAGCUGCUCGCCAUGAAAGGAUCCAGCUACAGCGGCCUGCUGGAGAGACACAACAUCCACACCAACAAUGUGGAGCAUAUAGUGAAGAGCCUGAGGAAAGAGGGCAUGGAGGUGCGAGUGGUGAAGAGAGGAGAAUACGAUGAAGAGGUGGUGCGAUGGGCUGAUGCCAUCAUCUCUGCUGGAGGUGACGGGACAAUGCUGCUGGUUGCCAGUAAGGUUUUGAGCAAGGACAAACCGGUUGUUGGAGUAAACACAGACCCUGAGAGGUCAGAAGGUCACCUCUGCCUGCCCGUGCGGUACACUCGUGCCUUCCCGGAGGCUCUGCAGAAGCUCCGUCGUGGUGAGUUCAGGUGGCUCUGGCGUCAGAGGAUCCGUCUACAUUUAGAGGGAACAGGAAUCAACCCCACUCCCGUGGACCUGCACGAGCUGCAGCUGAGUCUGGAGCAGCACAGUCAGGCUCAUCGCAUCACCACCAUGAACAGCCAGCGGAGGAAAGGAACCGUACCAGACAGCUUCUCUAAGCCGAGUCUGCUCCCCGUCAGGAGUCUAAAUGAAAUCUUCAUUGGAGAGUCUCUGUCCUCCAGGGCUUCAUACUACGAGAUCUCUGUGGACGACGGCCCGUGGGAGAAGCAGAAGAGUUCAGGACUCAGCAUCUGCACAGGAACCGGAUCUAAAGCCUGGUCGUAUAACAUCAACAAACUCGCUGAACAAGCCGUGGAGGAGGUGCUGAAAAUUGGGAAGUCUCAAAGCGGUCUCGACAUCCCAAUAAACCGUGACGUCAUAGACAAAGUUACUGAUGAAUACAACGAGUCUCUGGUGUUCAGCCCGGACGACAGACGUCUACUGUACAGCGUCAGGGAGCCGAUCGUGAACCGCGUGUUCUCCAGCAGCCGACAGAGAGGAUUUGCCAGCAGGGUGUGUGUGCGCUCGCGGUGCUGGGACGCCUGCAUGGUGGUCGACGGCGGGACGUCGUUCGAGUUCAACGACGGAGCCAUCGCCUCAAUCACCAUGAGCGAGGAGGACCAGCUGCGGACGGUUCUCCUGGAGAACUGAGAGUCCCCGUCCUCUGCUCGUAGAUGCUAACCUCCUCACCUGUUUUUAUACCUGAAGGAGAAAAAGGUAUCAUCGUUACUUUUGUUUUAUGAAGAGUGAUUUUUCCCAAAUGUGUUAUUCCCAAUCAGAUUAUCCUUUUAUUUUUAAUCCCUUUACCAACAUCCGCUGAUUGUAACAGGAUCAAACAGCUGCAUCAGUUUGUAGAUAGUUUAAAAAACACUUACUCUCAGCCAUCUCUCAUCGCAUUAAAGCACCAACACGUCUCCAUGAGAGGCGGAGCAAACGUUAAUCAGCUGACUUCUGUCAUAAAUCUAUAAAUUAGCCUGGAUGAUGAUUGAUGUGUAUUUGAGGAUCAGAUCAGGGGUCCACCGCUCUGAAAAUACUCUUUUCUGCUCCUGCAUGCUGCUCAGUGUCCUCACAAUUUUUCACCACUUGCUAAAAACAAAGGACAGAGCUGGGGGGGUGUCAUGAGUUUAAUUCAAAACUGAUAAAAGUUUUCGAGCAACCAAAAUCUCGAUUCAACCCUCAAAAAAAAAACAGCCAAACAUUUGCUCAGCUGUAGCACGAUUAGUUGACUACAGAAAACUAAGCGUCGUCGCCCUCGCUGGUCAGCACCAGUAUUGCAAGUCAGUGAAACGUGUUAUUCCAACUUCAUUCCUGUAGUCUCAGCUGUAGUGCAGCCUCCCGCCACCAGCCAGCGCUGUAUCUCCAGUUAAAGGCUAAUGUCAUAAUGCUCUUAAUGCUCUUAACGCUCUUAACGCUCUUAACGCUCUUAACGCUCUGAACGCUCUGAACGCUCUGCUACCUGGAUGUAAACGAGCACAGGUGAUUAUGUCAUCUGGUAGCACGGUGUGGUUUGUCAGUAUGUUGAUCUAGUAAAUGGAGAUAAAGUUGUAUGUAGGCUGUCUGGACAUAUAACCACUCCACCAGAGACAUGAGGAACCAGCACAGACAUGAGGAUACUAACCUGCAGUUUUCUGAUCUUUAUACUGUUCAGAAUUUAAAUAUCCUCUUAAAGAGCUUGGGAGGUAGUCUCUUUGGAGCGUCCCUAGCUACACUUUUUAAGACACCCUGAUCGCCGCCAGAGUUGUGAUUAAUGGACAUAAUCAAAUUUAAGUGAAAUUAGGAGGCGAACUCUUAGAAAUAAUAGCUGCAAAUUAGAUAAAUCCUUUAAAUUUGACUCUGUCAUUUUGAAGUUGGUCAUUAUGCAACCCAAAACAUCUGGUUAUCACAUCCUGAUCCUCUGGCUCAAUCAGCUCUAUCAUGAUGAAGCAUUAAGUUAAGAUCUGAAGAUUUAAAAAGUUUAAAUAGUGGAUUUGUAGAAAAGUAUGCUUCCAUAAACAAAUUCACCAGUAAACAGUAUACCUGUAUCAGUAUCAGUAUUGGUUUGGUGCAUUCCUGUAACAGAAGUCAGCAGACAAACGGUUCUCACGGUGCGUCACCGGUACAGCCUUUCAUUCAUUACCUUUAUAAAAGCAAAAAUCUAAGUUCAUCUCCUUUUUUUUAUCACCUUAUCAUUCAGAUCCCUCCAGCAGAAUAUAAGCUCACUAUAAUCUACAGUGUCGUUGCAGCUGUUCUCUGUAGUUCUGAUCAAACCUAUGAAACAUGCAUUUAUCGGGUACUUUUUUCAGCAGCGGAUGAAUCCCUGUUUGGUGCUCCUGUCGCAGCUGGAUGGUGUAUUUUAGAUCGAGUAGAGAUAAACUAAAGAGUGUGUGUUCAUGAUGAAGUAUGUGGAAGAAGAAAUGCGAUGUGAUGGAAGUUAAUUUAUAACGUUUAAAGGUGUUUCUGUACGGUGAACAGGAAGCUCAGCUGCUCGGCUCGGCUUGUCCGUCGACUAAAGAUAUUUUUGAAACAUAGCUUCUAUAUUUUCUAGACGUUUGAAACACUGGAGUCUGAGAGGAGCUGAGGAAGUGCACUAAAAGCAGAACUCAAUUUUUAAAGAGAGAUCCUUGCUCCACAUUUUAGUUCAAAGUCAGAAUCUGUAACCUCCCACAGCACGGAAAAUUAGCACGUGACAGAGUUUUCCACAACAGACACGUCAGUUUUAACUUUAAUGGAUUCAAAAUGAUGCAAAAAAUAUGUUUGGACCUGUAAAGCAGCUUGACGUUAAAUGUAUGAAGAUGUUGGAUUUAUAAGAUGAGACAGUUUGAAACAAAGUGUUGCAUUCAGAAUGACUAGAGUACAAACUAAGACCUGAUAGAUCUCCUGUUCACACCUGUGAUUAAAGCUCCUGUGAAGAGUUUUGGCCGGUAAUGAAACACACUGUAACUCACAGUUAUGCCUCUUUAUGAGCUACACGAGACCAUCAGAUCAAGAUUUACUUUAAUUUUUUAAUGCCUCUAAAAGCGGUGAGGGAAUAAGUGUCAGACAAGAUGACUUACAGCUCCCUGAAGGCCGGAGAUAUACUUGCUUCAUCUUGUGUUCACAUACACAACAAACUGCCUCAUGAACGUAAUUGCAAACAUACAUGACCAUGCACUACGCGACUUACUGGAGGAUAUCUCUAGAGGGCGCACCAGAGAGCUCAGGGCAGAUGCAACUUCCGGAUUCACGGGAUAGAAACUCUUUAUCUCAAAUAGGUUCUUCCAGCAUUUCCCUCCAUGUUCGAACGUUAGCAGUCCCGGACUUGUUUCCAUUUAUGUGUAGAAGUGGUAAAGACGCAUCAUCAUGUUCAUAUAAUUGUGGACUUCAUCAAUCAGCUUGUCUUUAAGGGUCCCAUAUGAUGGAACAUGCAUUGUUCCUUGCUUCCUAUCAUGCAGAUUUAGUCCUCCUCUCAUGCAACCCUGAGAAUGUGGAGGCGAAAAGGCCUUUGCAUUAAUUCUGUAUUCCCGCAAGGGGUUAUAAAUUUUCUCCUGUGGUGAUGUAACGACAGGAGUGAUUCUCACUGGCCUGCAUGCAAAGCCACUCCCACUUCCUGAGUGACUCUACUUCCUCUGACACUAUCGUGGUUUUGCUUCGAUGUUGCAGAGUCAAGAAGCCAACAGUUACAGACGCCAAAUUUGUCAAUAAUCUGUCCUAACACCAGGACCAAAGAAAACAGAAGAUGCUGUUUAUUUUUAACAAGGUGCCGGCUGCCAUUUUGUUUAUUUGUGCCAAAGACUUCACCUUGGACUGCUUCAACAGUCAGUUCACAGCUUGUUUAGCUUCGACACAGUUUGUGGCACAAAAUCAGCAGACGUGCUAUCAGUAAGUAUCGCCACUCUGACGCAGGUUCUCCUGGAGCGCUUGCCAGUUUUGUUUCAGUGUUUUUCCGCUUCUGCAUCGGUCUCCCUCCUCAGACAACAUUCAAGCCGCCGAUCUGCACAGGGCCUCUUAAUCGUAACACUCUACGCUGCUCAUAUCCAUGUGCAUAAUGCCUGCUGCGUCCACAUCGUUCUAAUUUUUGAUGACGUGCACACAAACACGUAGUUAAAACAAGUAUAUCUCUGGCUGAGGACAGUGAUGUAAGGACUGCUUUGUCCACAAGGAGCACUAAAUAAAACAGAAACUUCCUCACAGGAGCUUUAAAGUAAAAUCUUGUUUAUAAUCCUUCUUCCUUUGAACCGACAAGGUUCUGUUUAAAGACGGGUUUAUAGAACGAUCAAGAAACUGUCAAAUGAAGCGUGCCAAAGGCAGAGUCCCUCAUGAACUUCAUGUUUCCGUUUUUGUCUUUGAAUCAGAUAAAGUUGUUUGAAAAGAAAA